AUGGAAGGUACGGAAAAGAUUGUAGAAAUAAUUGACGAACCGAAGAUUCAAGAGAUUACCGAGGAAAACUCGGCUGAAGGCUCCAAACUUUCAGAAAGUGAAAAAAAAAAAGAAAGUGUAAAGAUUCAAGAAAUUACGGAAGAGUCUGGUGCACUGGAAAAAAAGACCACAACAGUUGGAUCUGAAGAAGAAUCGGACGAUGAUAUUCCAGAAUUAGAGGAGGAAACAACCACUCCAUCAGGUGUUGCACCAGUAGACAUUACAAAAAUGCAAAGUCGUGGAGAAAAAAAAGCUCGCAAGGCAAUGCAAAAAUUAGGGUUAAAACAUGUACCCGGUAUUAAUCGUGUCACUAUCCGAAGGCCUAAAAAUAUUCUCUUUGUUGUUUCUAAUCCGGAUGUCUAUAAAUCAGCCAAUUCUGAUUGUUACAUUGUAUUCGGAGAAGCUAAAAUCGAAGACCUUAAUUCUCAAGCUCAGGCAAACGCAGCACAACAAUUUCAAGCUGCGGAAGCCGCGGCAGCUGCUCAAGAGACUACUAAA